AUGGUCACUGGUAAUGGUCAGUCCGCAAGCUUCUGGUUUGAUAACUGGUCUCCGAUGGGUCAGUUGAUAAACUUCAUUGGAGACAGGGGACCAAGAGCACUUCGUAUCAGGAAAGAAGCUGUUGUGGCCGACGCCAUUAACGGUUCUACCUGGUCUCUCCCACACCCUAGAUCACAGCAGGAAGUCGACUUGCACACUUAUCUCACUACUAUAUCUCUUCCUCUCCCUCAUAAUUGUGUUGAUAAAUAUGAAUGGAUUGCUGGUGAUUCUAUUCUUUGUACUUUCAUGUCUGCUACAACUUGGGAGGUGUUGAGACCAAGAAAAGAAAUCAAAGACUGGUUCGAUGUGGUCUGGUUCAAAGGCGCGGUACCGAAGCUGUCAUUUACGAUGUGGGUGGCUAAUUAUGACAGGCUCCCAACGAGGGCAAGGCUGGCGUCAUGGGGGGUCCCUAUCUCGCCUCUCUGUCCUCUCUGUUCCAGUUACCCAGAAACUCGUGAUCAUUUGUUCCUGGAGUGCAACUACAGCCUUCUGGUAUGGAAGGAAGUAUUUAUAAGAUGCUCACAGUCUGCCACUGUCAUCUUAAACUGGUCCGAGCUUUUGUCAUGGAUCAGAACCUCCGCAACAGCCAAGCUCUCCCUUCUUAAAAAGGUUGCAGCUCAAGUGGUUAUCUUUCACAUAUGGAAGCAGAGGAACAAUCUGAUACACAGCAAGAUUUCUAUUCCUGCUCCCAUUGUGUUUCAUGCUAUUGAUAGAGAUGUUAAGAACAUCAUCUCGGCUAGAAGACAUAAGAAAGCUUACCGUGAUCUUAUGGCUAUUUGGCUUAGUUGA